GUUCGCAGCCUCUUACUCGCGACCACACACACCAUCUCCCCACUUCGUUGACCGUUCUCUCUUUGCUCACGGCUCUCUAGUGACUUUUGAACGCGAAAUAUGUCUUCCUCCCAGCCCUCCGCUCCAUCCGUCCCUCUCCCACACCGCAACGCUGGGGGCACGGCAACGAGCAAGAAACCACCAGUUUGGCCGAUUAGCGAGCGAGGGCCGGCAUGCGGCGAAGUCCCGCUCCCUGCCAAGUGCGACAGGCAUGUCCUCGGACGUUCCGGGGUCUGCUGCAAGGACCUCAAAGACGAGGACGAACGGACUCUUGUCGAUCCAGAUGUCGUCCGUGAUGUCGUGAUCGGACUCUCUGACGGCCUGACCGUCCCCUUCGCUCUUACCGCGGGUCUUUCUUCGCUCGGCGAAUCCAAGCUCGUUAUCCUCGGUGGCAUCGCAGAGCUCGUGGCUGGUGCGAUCUCGAUGGGCAUCGGUGGCUUCCUCGCCGCGCAGGCCGAGCGCGACCACUACCGCUAUCAGCAGAAGCUGACCGCCGCGCGCGUGCAGCGUAGCUGCGACGGCGAGAUGGAGCGCGAGGUUCACGGUGUCCUCGGCCCCGUUGGAGUCGACGAGCAUACAAGUCGCCUCGUUGCCAAGAACCUCCGCGAGGUCGAGAUGGACACUGGCGGAGAGGGCAGCGAUGCAGGCAGCUCGCGCACUCGGGUCGAGGAGGGCCAGGCCCUGAAAUGGAGCAAGUCCGUCGGCCUGACGGCGUUUUUGCUGAAGUUUGGCGAAUGCUUGGAGGAGGUCACGACGAGACGGAUGUAUGUCUCUGCCUUCACCAUUGGUAUGGGCUACCUCAUUGGUGGGAUCAUCCCCCUACUUCCCUACUUUUUCAUUCCCCGCGCACGGACAGCUCUGAUCUACUCUUGCAUCAUCACUGGUGUCAUCCUCAUCAUCUUUGGUGCUGUCAAAGCUCGUGUCACAGGUGCCGCCGGCCAGGGCUUCGGUGGGUAUGUCUGGGGCGCCUUCUCAACGCUGCUGGUCGGUGGCGCCGCGGCCGCGGCUGCAUACGGUCUCGUCGCUGCCCUCGAGGGUGCAGAAUGAGGAAUGUACCUCAUGUAUAUGCAGACUUUUGGAGCUGUCCAAUAUCCUACUGUAUCUAGUUAGAGUGUGGCCUGCUCACCUGUAUAUUUUUGGACUCUUGACUGGGUGCAAUGGCGAUUACUUUGACUCUCAC